AAGAUGGCGGCUGACGCCUGAAGUUCGUUUGUUUCAAAACAUUUGACGCGCAAAUGUCUUUUUUUUUGUCGAAUGUAUGGUUUACUCCAAGACGGUUGAACUAGUUCGUUUAGCAGUGUAACUGCCUUCUCAAAAGGUAAUGAGCGCCAUUCGUAAUUGAUGUAAGUGUGCUGGUAGUAUUUGAGGAGAGAGCUGGUACGUGAACGCCUCAUGACGCGUUUGGGUCCUAUCUAGUGUGUGAGCAGCCGGUUUGGGGAAAAAAUGCUUCUGCGGUCUCUUUGCGCUAAACUGAGCGCUCAGCAGUUAAUGGGCAGGAGAUCAGUCGCUGCUUGUUUCUCUCAUUCCAGUCAAGCCUGUAAAUAUGAAUUUAAAGCCAGGACUCACUCGAACUCCGACCAUCACCGGCAGACCCCAAACGCACCUCAGGGUUCUCCAAUGUGUGCACAUUACAGGCAGACCCUAAACGCACCUCAGGGUUCUCCAAAGUGUGCAGUUUCUUCUGUUUUAGUUGGAUUCCCAAGUCCAGGCAGGAACAUUUUAACAGAUUUAAAAUGCAGAAGUGAACAGAAGCGUUUUUAUUCGUCAGAUCUCCUUAAGCCUGUCUUGAAACCCAGUUUGAAGCGAGAGAAACGAGUUCCUAAAGGACCGAGGACAAAACAACCGUCCAGAGCCAAUAAGCCGUCUCGGAAUGAAGACUCGGUCAUGAUGCGCUGCAUCGCCUUCGCCACGGCCGAUCAGUACAACCUGCCCUCGCUCAGCCUCGACCUGGCGGAGCACGGCUUUCAGCACGUGGACUUUCCUCGUGAUGCGUCCAAUGUGUUGGUGAUCAGCACUGACGAGGUCUCCAGACCCGACGACCAAGCACUCAUCUUCUUCUUCAGGGAAGGAUCCGUGGUUUUCUGGAACGUUGAGGAGAAAAUGAUGAAAAAGGUGUUGAGGAUAUUGGAGCGUCAUGAAAGUCAAUCCUAUGAAGUUGCUUUGGUCCACUGGGAAAAUGAAGAAAUCAACUACACUUUUGCAGCAGAAAACAGCAAGUUGGAGCGAGGCAACUUCAUUUUGAGCGACAACAUGGACGCCCAGCAAGUCGUCUUGGAGAAGUUUGCAUUUUCCAACGCUUUGUAUCUGUCAGUGAAGCUGGCCAUAUGGGAGGUGUUACUAGAUAACUUUAUCGAGUCAAUUCAAUGUAUUCCCGAGAUGCUGAAGUCAGGCCAGAGUAUAAAGUUGUCCUCCGCAGAAGUCAUGCAGAAGAUAGGCGAGCUGUUCACCCUGAGACACUGUAUAAACCUGAGAUCCGACCUCCUCCUCACGCCCGACUUCUACUGGGACCGGGAGAACCUGGAGAAACUCUACGACAAGACCUGCCAGUUCCUCAGCAUCAACCGCAGGGUCAACGUUGUGAACGAGAAGCUGGAGAACUGCGAUCAGCUGACGGACCUGAUGAGAAGCCACUUGAGCAACAAGCACAGCCUGAGGCUGGAGUGGAUGAUCGUCAUCCUCAUCACCAUUGAAGUUUUGUUUGAACUGGCCAAAAUGAUCUGAACCCUCCAAAGAUGGCAGAAGACGUCGUUCCACAGUGUCGUGCUGCAUUCAGGGACCAGCAGUUGUGAGGUAGACCUGCUCACAAGCAGACUUUCCAAAAACAAUUCUUGUCGACUCUGGACUUUUUUUUGACGCCGAUCAGCCGUCAGUCGUAAAACAUUUUUUUUACAUUUUAAUGGACAACAAUCCUACAGUACCAGAUGAAACAACACAACCGCUGAUGACUGCAGUUUUUUUUAUUUUUCAGUUAAGGCCACAUUUGACAUCAGCAUUUUGGGGAAAAAAUAUGCCAAAAAAAUAAAGCUGAUCCAAACAGAUAUGCAGAAAGUGCUAAUAAAACUGUAAAAGUUGUUUUAAGCUAUUUUGAGUCGUAGAUUGUGCUGCGUGUAUUAUCAAUAAUCAAUAGUCAUGCUCGUAUUGUUGCUGCAUGUUUACAAUGUGCAAUGUCAUGGGCAGCAGGAUCCCAUAUGAAUAAGAAGAAAUGGUCAAUAAAUGAAAUGAUAGUGUUGUAUUGCGAACAUGUCACAUAUUGAGAAAUC